UUCAGUUGGAGUCUUCAUCAACCUACACGCUCACUUCCCCAGGCUCCUUGCAGGCGGUCAGUCUUUCUCUGAAGUGUGUCGAGUGAUCUGUUGUUGUUACCGAGGAUUACCUGUGCAUUGCUAUUGGAUUAACCUGUUGCUCUGCAUGAGGAUUAGUCUGACUGUUUUCACACGCCAGUGACGCUCAGAAUGCAACGUUUUCUUCAUACUGUGUAGACAAUGUGAAAAUUGAAAGAUAUAACGAAUUUGGUUAAAAUAUGACAACCAACCAACUUGGUUCGGGAUAAGCUAUUUUGUGCAGUGGUUUUUGUGUGCGUAAUGCGAGCCAGAUGGCGGACCUGUGGCAAGGGAAACCAAAGAUUAGUGUGCAUUCGAACUGGUGUUGUGUGACUCAUCUCACUUAAGACCUGUCGUUUUGCAGGAUUGAGUUCUCAGUUUUAUUUAUUCCCACGUGAAAUAUAUCACGUUCUGAAUAUAAUUAACGAGAACAAUAGUGCGGUCCACGACGAGAAUAGUUGAAACGCUGGCCUGCUGAAAUCCCUUCUUAUUGAGAUCAUUUGACCAGUUAAGCAACUACAGAGGAAAGCAAACGUCAGCCUAACUCUGAAUGAAUGUAAAAGUUUGGCCUUGAUGUUAUUCUUUUCCAUGUCUUGAACCUCCGAGUGGAAAGGUGGAUGCAAGAUUUCAGAGGUCGAAUUUACUGUACGGCAUAAAACGUUCACGGAAACUCUUGUUUGUUUUACUGGACAACGGGAUUCAUUUCGGACAUUAUUUCGUUUAAAAAUAAUGCCAAAGCUGUAAGUUGUUUGAUUUGAAUGGAGAAAUGAAUAAGUUCCUCUCUGUGAAGCGGUGAAAGAGAAAAUGAAAAGGAAAAAGGGCGAGUGAAAGGGUAACCCAGAGUCGUGCAGAGGAGCUGCCAGAGGUCGCCACAAACUUCAUUAUGAGAUUGCUGUACAUGUAGUAAAGCAACAUUGAAACUUGCAAUUUGCUGUUUCUGUGCGAUAGUUCUUUCAAGCCUUGGGAAUAAAUAUGAAAGUAAAACAGCAAUUUAAACACAGAAAGCAAAGACAUAAUAUUGGGAUCAAAUGAGUGGUCAUAACGUACAUUUGUGGGUGAGGGCUAUGGGUACUUAUAGACAUUCGCUUACCAGUAUUUAAGAAAUAUAGCGGGACUUGAAAUUUUAUUGAUAGAAAAUGAUUGAUUGAGUCUGGGUAGCAAUGUCAACAACCCACUGUUGGGGAUGUCUGGACUGAUUGGAACUACAACUUCUUCACAUGAAGAUUACAUUUUUAAAUAAGGAUAUUUAGAGCCUGCCUGUUCAGCUGUUACCGCCACCACAAUGAAUAUUCAGACAUUUUCUUUACGGUUAGCACUCAAGGAACUGUUUUCGCAGCUCCAGUACAGCCAUGAGUCGGCCCUCCCCCCAGAUGCUCUCCGACGUGCCUUAGCACAAACGUUUUACAACCAACAAAGAUUUCAGUUGGGCUUCAUGGACGAUGCUGCAGAGUGCUUCGAAAACAUCCUACUUCGAAUUCACUUCCAUAUUGCAAGUGGAGAGGCAGAAGACAUGUGCAAUGCACGUCAUUGUAUUCCCCAUCAACGAUUUGCCAUGACCUUGAUAGAGCAGAGUGUCUGUGGAGAAUGUGGUGCAACUUCUGAGCCUCUACCUUUCACUCAGAUGGUCCACUAUGUUUCUGCUUCAGCUCUCACAGCUCAGGCUCGGCAAAUGCAAGAGACGAACAAUUCUCAACCUCAACAAGUGGCCCUUGAUAUGUUUGGGCAGCUCUUGAAGAAAGCUGGUGGUAUGGGAGAUAUUAGAGACUGCCCAAGCGCUUGUGGUGCCAAGAUUCAGAUCUGCAGAACUCUGAUGAACCGACCGGAGAUCGUUUCCAUUGGAGUGGUAUGGGAUUCAGAGAGACCAACAUUAGAACACAUUAUGGCAGUAUUUGCCACAGUAGGAACAACAUUAAGGUUACGAGAUGUUUUCCAGAGUGUUAUUGAUGAUGCUUGGGCUCAGCACACGCAGCAUCAGCUGGUUGGAGUGGUUACCUAUUAUGGAAAGCAUUACUCAACGUUUUUCUACCACACCAAGCUUCGAGUAUGGAUAUACUUUGAUGAUGCAACUGUACGAGAAAUAGGCCCACACUGGGAACAAGUAGUGGACAAAUGCAGAAGAGGGCAUUUUCAACCACUACUUCUGCUGUAUGCUAAUCCAAGUGGCACGCCAGUACCUGUAGAAAGUGCACCAAGAUCUGUUACUUUGGUCCCUGGCCACAGAAAUCAUAAUAAUCGCUCAUCACAGUCUUCUCCCCAGAAAACAUCAUCACUGUCAGGGGAACCAUUUUCUCAGACUAAUGCCCGGCGUGCUAUUACUCCAAAUCCAGAAAAAUGCGCUGAUGGUACUGGAGGACCUGCCCCACGCAGAGCUGUCACACCCAGCCCAGAGAUAGCUGCUCAAAAUGACAGUCACAGAGAUUAUCAAAACAUCCACUCUAUACACAGUCAGAUGUACCAGGAUGGUGUCAGUGAAGGACACAAUGAUGACGUAUUUGAAACUAAUGCAUCCAACUAUCGCAGGCAAAUGGAAAGCAUUAAACAGAAGGGCUCUGUCUUGCCAAACAAGCCAAAUAUAACAGGAAGAGGACGACUUGACUCAGAUGACUCUGUGUAUGCUGGAAGAAGGAAUGAUGGCCAGAGACAAGAAAGACAGAGAUCAGUUAGCUGCAGUGGCUAUAAUCAACAUGGUAAUCGAAACAGUAAUUCCUCCUUGGAACAGUUUGAAAAAGAUGGACUUAAAAUGCCUGAGGGAGGUAACGUACCACGUCGACGAGAUUCCGGAAACUGGAGUGGAGAUAGGAACAGCGCUUCAUCAUCUUCAUCUACAUCCUUGGAAAAUCCAUAUAUUUUCAUCGUUGGCAAAACAGGACGGCAACCUUCAUCACCAACAACUAAACCACCAUCCAGUCCAUCUCGUUCAGAUCAUCCAGAGUAUGCCAAUCUGGGUAUAGGUGUUCCACAGCACGUGCUUAACAGCAAUAAUAAUAAUUCUGGACAGUCAUCAAAUACAGGCACCAAUGGGCAAUAUGACCCAGGAUAUGACUCCUACUCCUUGUCUUCAAAUGAUUCCUACCCAAUUCAGCAGAAUCUGAAGCACAAUUUACAGCUUCAGCAAAUACCAGAAGGAGUACAGACAAGUGACAGUCCUGGAACAUAUACAGGAGGAAGCCAGCAAGACAACAGCAGUAUCAGCACACUCACAGAAAGUGAAGCUGGAAGCAACUGUGAAGCCCUUUGCCUUGCAGCUGAUUCUUUGCUUGAGGAAGCUCGUGCAAGGGAAGAGGCUGGUGAUCUGCCUGGUGCAUUGGAUUUAUGUAACGCAGCUGCUGCUAAAACUCGUGCAGCUAUGGAUGCUCCAUAUAACAAUGCCCACUCAUUGACUUUCGCUCGAAUGAAGCAUAACACUUGUGUUAUGCGUGGUCGAUCUUUGCAUAGAAGAAUUUUGAUCCAAGAGGAGACUGCAGCAUGGGAAGGACAAUAUAAAAUGGAUGUUCCCCAUCAUAGUCGACAAGGAUCAAGGGAUUCCCAAAGGUCCAGAACAAGUCGCCAAGGUUCACGAGAAGGAUCAGUCCAUCAUAGUAGACAAGGUUCACGUGAUGCCUCUAAUGGUUCGCAGGCAAGGUCACAGGAUCAACUGGAUACAGCAGUGACAUUGGCUCAGACAGCAGAAAAGCUUCAGAGCACAAACAUUGAAAUAUAUGCUACACUUCCCAAAAAGAAAGGCAAGAAAAUUUCUGGUGAUAAGAUUGGAUUAUCUAAGAAGGAUGAAGUGGACAUCCAGCUGGAAAAGACCUCCAAGGAUAAGAAGACGAGUGACAAAUCCAAAGAUAAAACUCACAAAGAUAAGAAGAGCAGCAAGAAUCGGGGAGUUGACAGUGAUUACUCUAGUGAUCAUAGCUCUAAAAGUUCAAAGAAAAGUUUGGAGAAGGAAGAUGUCAAUGCUAUUGUUGAAGUGAAAGAAGAGAAACCAAUAGGUAAGAAACAGCAUAAGGUUAGAAGGAAGCUCCUAAUGGGAGGCCUAAUUCGUCGAAAGAACAGGAGUAUGCCUGAUCUUCGAGAAGGCAAAGAUGGAGAAAACCCUAAAUCUACAGCAGAUGACCUAGAAGUUAGAAGUUUAUCUCGACCAACAACACCAUCAGGUGAAAAGACAAUGGCAGGGUAUCUGAGUGAAGGUCAUUUGGAAUACAGUAAUCCUAACCUUGAAAGAAGUAAACUAAUGAGAAAGAGUUUUCAUGGCAGUGUAGGUAAAGGUCUUUCCCCUGUCAAACUUAGUACUGUGACUAAGGUUCCUCCUCCCAUACCACAGCGCAUUACUUCACAGCUUACACAGAAAAAUGAGAAGACCAGUAGAAAAGAAGAGAAAAAGAGAGACAAGAGACCACCAUAUCCCUUACCUCACAAAGAGGCUGAAGCAGACAAUCCUCCAGCACUGCCACCACGAUGCUAUACUCCAGAAAUAAUUAACAACAAUAAUAAUAGCAACAUGCUAAAGACAGAGCCUCAGUCACUUCCAUACAUGCAUAUGCCCCAGUAUGAGCCAUAUCAAAAUAACUCACUUCCUUAUGCUGGGCCUCAUUAUCCAGAUCAUCAGAUCCAGCAACCUUCACCAGGCACUCCCACUCAGAUCACUGUUUGUGCAGAUGUCCAUCAAGAGGCUUUGCCACAAGAAUCCAUUCAUCCAACAAAUUACCAACAACCUCAACAGCAGCUAAACCAGCAACAAUUUCAUCCACAAUAUCAUCAACAGCAUCAUUUCCAACAGCCUUCACAACAGUUGUUCCACUCACAACCACCCAUACAGCAGCAACAACAGUCAGAGAUGUAUUCCCCACAAAAUCAAUAUACUUCCAAAGUCAUGUCAGCUGAAUGGCCUGAAAUCUCACACUCCAGACAAAGCAGUGAGGACUUUCCUCCUCCUCCUCCUCCCUUGGAAGAGGCUGUGGAGGAUUUAAAGAUCAGGGGACUUCUACCCCCUCCUCCUCCAGUGUCCAGGGCUAUACCCGAGGCCCAUGAAAGGCCAGAGCCCUCAAGCUUGCUUGCACAGUUACAGCAGAAGCGUCAGCAAAUGAUAGAAAACAAAGAGAACUCUGGCAUCUCAAUUGAUGAUCGGGUUAAGUCAUCCUCAUGCAAAAGUAGUGGUGACUGGCUGCAGGAAUUGCAAGCAAAACAGGCAGCCAUGCAAAAGAAACUAGAUCAAAAUGGACCUGGACAGGGGUCACAAAAUGAGGUUAAAGAAACCCCAACUGAAACUACUAAUUCUGUUAAAAAUUUGGCUUCCAAAUUUGAGAAUGUUAAUGUUAGUGGGACUCAAAAAUCUGUUGAUAUGGAUGAAGUGGACAAUAGGUUAAGUGUUCAACAUCCAUCAGCUGCAUCUACCCGUGAUGAAAACAGUGAGUGUCAACACACUGUUAGUAAAGAACUCUUUACAAGAGAGUACACUCAAUGUAAUUCAUUACAGUUCCCUUCCCAUAGCGGACAUGAGAGUAGGUUAAGCUCUUCUUAUCGUGCCAGAGCAGAACAUUGUGAGAGUAUUAAUGGAAGUGGUAAAGAUGGUGUUAAUGAAAGUGCCAAAGAUGAUUCUGAAUUAAACACAAGUACUGAUACAACCAGCAGUGAAGGAUCUAAAAAGAAGAAGUCCAAGAAAAGUGUAACAUUCUGUGAUCAGGUGGUAUUAGUAGCAACUGCUGAAGAUGAAGAAGAAGAUGCAUAUAUUCCCAACCCAAUUCUAGAGAGGGUCUUGAAAUCUGCACUUACUUCGUCUGCAUCAUUAUCAGACACUGAUACAUCAUCAUGUGGAGAAUCUGUAAGUUCAAGAUCAAGCAGCCAGUCUCAAAAUAAAACUGUGUCUACUCCGCAAGCUAGUCCACAUUACCAUAGUUCAACCCAGUCCCAGACUAUUCAGCAUCAGUUCCCUCAAACUCAUCCCCCACAAAACCAUACAUCACAAGGUUAUCCUGCUCCUCCAGUUCACUUAUCUACUCACCAUGCUCAGCCCAUUCAGCCAUCAUUUUCUACUCCUCCUGGAACUUCACAAUCUCAGUACCCCACCCAACCACAACCACACACUUCUGUUCCACCACAUCAAAAUCACAAUACAUCAUCUCAUAACCACCAGCCUGCAGUACAACCAUACUCUCAAUCAGCUCAAAAUAAUGGUGCAGUUAGAUUACCACCACCUUACCAACCACCACCAAGUGUAUGUAAGCCAGUGGGUCCUCACAGCCAGACGACUCAGGCAGUUCACUCUCAAAGUCAGUCACAGAGACCUCUUUCAAGUGGUUUGCAUCCUUCACAAAUGCCACAUUUGAUACCUGGCCAACAUCAGCCUAGAUCCUUGCCGCAACAGCCGCAGCAGAGGCACAUUAAUCAGCCACCACCACCACCACCACAACAUUAUCAGCAGCAACAGCAGCAGCAACAACAACCGUCACCACAGCAACAACAGUCUCAGAGGCAACCAACUGUUCCAUAUCCUGCAAUGAUACGUCAGAACAGCAGUCUUGGGUUCCAGCAUCACACCGAGACAGAGAGGAUAUACCCUCCUUAUCAACGUGUGCCUCAUCCUAACCAUUCACAAGGACAACCACAGAAUCAUUCCCAGGUACACCACCAGAAAAUUCACCCAACAAUGCACCAGUCUCAUGUGACAAAUGGUCAGACAAAUAGUUACAAUGGAUUCGGAUCAUACAGUAACCAGCAGCAACCUAUUCAUGGCCACCCUCACCAGCAGCCACAGCAGCAGCAGCAUGGUUCUGGGUACGGUAGUAUAGGCCGUGGUGGUGUUAAGAGUGUCCCUAGCCACUUCUGUGGUCCACUUGACCCAUCUGCCAUUUAUUCGACAGUAAACAAGGUCACAAAAAAACCAAGUGGUGCCCCAAGUUCCAACAGUGCACUACAACCAUGCAAUCUGUGUAGAAAGAAAUGUGUUAACCCUCCCUCUACGUAUUGUCACGAUUGUGAGUUUUACAUGUCUAGGUUUAAACCCAAAUCGUAAUACUCUCUUCAUAGCUGUUGUAUUCAGUAUUUUAGAAACUUGUCGCAAUUUUUAAAAGACAAUUUAAAUCAUCAAAAUUUUACUUGGCAUUAAAGGCGGGUGUUAAUAAUUUCCCAACUUUUUUUUUUUCAAUUUUUCAUUCUGCCCCGUUUAUGGAAAAUUUUAUAUCUUGUCUUGUUAUAGAGAUACUUUAUGUUCUUCUCACUUUCACAAAAUCUACACGAGUGUACCUGCUUAAAAGAUUUGUGUCAUUUUGACAUUGGUUUUUGUAGAUGUACCUGUUGGUAAUGGAAGGAUUCUGCUGUGCUGAUGAUGUGCCAUGAAGGUGGUUACAAGUAUUAAAUGCAUCAUUGCUUAGCCAUGUUGGUUCAGAAUCUUCUGCCACUUGUGAUAAUAGGUUAUAGGCUCUUGAAUGGAUCUCAUUGUUAAUAUUUACUGUAUACAGUUUAUUAUUGUUAUCUUUAAUGUAUUUAUUGUACAGUUGCAUCGUUUUAUGUUCAUUUCUAAAUUGCUUCACACUUCAGAGUGCAUUUGUGAAGCACACCAUGAAAUGUGCCAAAUACUGUAUAUUAUGUACAAAUUUAUAUAUACUCUUAUGUAUAUAUAUCAUUUGCUUUUAUAUGUUUUAUAUUAAAGCCCCAUAAUACUUA